AUGGACACGACAGGCCGCGCGUCUAAGAGCGACGACGAGAGCGACAGCGUCCAGUACGAACUCACGGACGUCGACGAAGACGCAGAAGAAGAAGAAGAAGAAGAGGCAGAGGCAGAAGCAGAAGAGGCACAGGAGUCCGAGUGUGGCAAAGAAGAAGCGACGCGUCGAGAUGCAAACUCGACGCGGAAGCGCAAGCGCUCAAAUGACGACGAAGAACUCGCGCGCCGGCGACGCCGUCGACGGUCACUGGCGUUUCACCCGAAGAAGAGGCGCUCGUUGACGGCGGCCGAGAGGAAGACAGCGGCUGGAAGUGAGGCGGGCAGUGCGGGGACGGCCACGACAAAGGCGACGGCUGUGGUCACACAUAGCAAGCAGUACAUUAGUGACAUGUACUCGACGAUCAUCAAGAUGUCGUCAGAGAAUAAAAUCAAUGUCAAGAACUCGUGGUCGCUGCACUUGAUUGACCACAUGGAAGACAUUCUGGACUCGUCCAAGAAAAAUGCGGCAGGCGGACAGGACAACACGUACAACUUCCAGAGAGCGAGCUGUACGCUGGAUGCGAGCAUUAAGAUCUACUCGUAUCGAGUGGAUGACACGUGGAACUCAUCGUACAAGAUUCUCGAAAACUUGUCGCGGACGGAACACAAGCACGGCGUCGACGAUGCUGGCAGUGAUGCCGAAGGUAAUGCCAGGACUGCACGCAAGACGAGGAAGACACAUGCACGGACGAUUGAAAAGAACUUGAACAAUAUCAACUUGAAAGCGUACGAUACAGAGUGCGAGGCAGACCCGCUGUUUCACAAGAUGUCGCAGUCUUUUGACGAGGGAGGUGCGAAAGGCAUGUUGCUUGCCAACCUCAGCGUGUACGACGGGUGCAAGAUCCUAUUGAAUUCGUCGGAUGUGAGUGUAGUGACACGGAAGCCGAUUCAUGAAGACGGAGCCAAGUCGAAAGACAAAGCUGAAAGUCCAGAAAACCAAGAGACGAAAGAUUCGGCAACUUGUAAAGCGAGCGACUGCGCUGCGCAAUCUGAGCCAUUGCACGACAAGGACGUGGUACAGGCUGAAGGUAUCGGCGAGAACGAGCAGAAAGUCGAGGAAGCAAAGAAAGAGGAAGAACACGGUGUUGAGGCGACGGAUGAAGACAAAGACAGUAAACAAGCGAUGGAUAGUGAGGCUACUGACAACAGUGAGGGACUCGACAAGGACGUUGCAAUGGAGGAAGAGCGGAAGAAUGGGGAGAAAGACGGCUUGGCUGAAGAUGUCGAUAUGGAGGAAUGUGUAGACGAGACGCCAACCGCGUCCAGCGACGUCACUACGGAGGAGACACACAGCAAAGAAAAUGACGAGCCUACAGAGGAGAGUGCUGUGGAAAGCAUGAGUGUGGUGGGAGAUCAAAGUCCUAGCAGUGUCACGGCAACGAAGGAGAAGGAAAGCUCCGACAGUCUCGGUGUGACGAAGGAGCGCAUAAGUCUGUCGCUCUUUAGUAGUUUGUCCUGUAUUGACCAAGACGUGCAAAACCUGAGCGUAUGUCCUCCGUUGUACAGAAUGUACGAUCAACUGGAUGAGUUCUACGGCGACGAAUCCCGCCACCGACUCGGUCUCAAGAACAACUUUUUGCAUACUACACCAGUGAAAGGCCAGCGACAGACGUUGGACAAGAAGGAUGCUGUUGCUGUGAACUUGGCUGGUAUAAUGGAAAGUGCGAGCGAGGACGAACCGGACGGUGAAGAUGCAGUGCUUGACGCAUCUAUGGACUUUGGUGACGAGAACACCGACCAUAAUGAUGUUGGUGAGGAUGGCGACAUCAUUGUCGAUGAAGUAGAAAACGUUGUCGAAGUAAUCUGUGUUGAUGAUGUGGCUACGGAAGAAGAGAAUAACAUUAUUGACCUGGCGGGAAGUGGCGAUGAAGACGCUGUGGUCGAAGACCUCACGCAUGAGAGCGCCGAGAAUGAUCCAAUCGCUCUUGACAAGGAGUUAUCGCUGAGAUCGAGUGCUGCCGACUUUUUCCGCGCAAGAGUGAACGAGAACAUGCCGGAAGAUUACGAGAACAAUCUGUUCUCGCAGAUGAUUGAGUCUGCACUCGUCCGAUCUGUAACGCAGGACGAUGAUGAGCAGGGUGUUGAGGACCAAGACGGCAGGCAUGACUACUCGUACUUUGAUGCGAAGAUGCUUCGCAAUUGGGCAGGUCCGGGACACUGGAAGUUCCCUGCUAUCCGCAAGAUCCAAAUGAAACAGCGCUGUAAGGAGGAGACAGACAAGGAUGGUCUCGCUGGCAUGAACAUGGAAUUUGACGAAGCUGGCGCUAUGAUCAAAGCAGAGCCGACUGAGCUUUCUGCCGACCGUGCUCGGAAGGGAUGCAGUGCUGGUACGGCAACAAAGACAGCAAUCACGGUCGACUUUUUCGGAGAAGCACCUGACUUCUCCAAGUUGAGAGCUCCGAAGUCUGCAAGUAGUUUGGAAGUUUCAAAGGGGACUCUGAGGAAGCAAGUGGAGAACGCGUCGGACCUGGUCUUGCCCGUGGACACGCACAUCAAGGUGAGUCUGUUUUUCCGGCACUUUUUGAAGGAAAGGCCUCGCUUCUUCCGAAAGCGUAGCACUCAUCCUCUUGAUGGUCCUCAUCGGGAAAGCAUUUCGGCAAACGAUUGCGACUUUGGCGGUGACAGUCUCGACAUGGAUGGCGAUGGCGAUCGAAAACCAGUGUUUACGUACAAUGAAGACAGCGCUGGCUUUGAAGGUGGAUAUGAUGACGACGAUGAUGACGAUGAAGGCAUUGGUAGCGCUGAUCAUCCAGCGACUCAGUCGCUGUACUCUGCGGAAGGUCUGGUCCAAGCAGAUCGCGUGGUGCAGAAAAUUGGUGUACAUUAUGAACGGUUUGCCAAGCGUGUGGACGUGAAGAAGUUGAAGGGCAGUAUAUGGGAGCACUUGGAGAAACAAGUCGUCAAGGACGUAGGAGGCGAAGGCGCUGAUGCUGGAACAGCUGCUGAUACGGAUGUCGUAUCGGUCAAUGAGAGUGGUAAACGCGUCCUUGACACGACUGAGGUCUGUGAGCAGGACGAGAGCGAGGGCUCAGAAACCACCUUCAAGAGCGUUGUCGAACACGUUGCGACCAAGGUCCCGUCGAAUGUGACCGUAUCCUUCUACUUCAUUUGCGUCCUGCAUCUUGCGAACGAGAAGGGUCUCGAGCUGGCCGGUCAAGACGACCUGCGGAACUUUCGGAUCCGCAAAGAGGACGCAUGA